AUGUCCCAGCCGGAUUAUUACACUGUCAGUUUCCACGGGCUAUAUCUGAGAUUCCGAAAUGUUAUCCUCAUCUGUGUGACGACGGUAGCCGCUGGAGAAUUGCCGGUUAGGGGGAGACCGGCGAUUAUGACCAUUGAUGCUGCCGAGCAUGUAAACGUUGUGGUCGGCGGGGGACUGCUCGAGAGGUAUGAGAUUUUUAUCCCGCAUCUUUAUGGCCGCGACUUGUUCAACUUGUAG